UUUGUUAUUGGUACAUGUUUUGCUUUGAUAACAUUUUGAUCGUUUGAGUUGGGCUACCCCAUGAAAUAGUCGGAAAAAAUCUAUAGAUUAAUUAUAAAGAAAGGCAUUGAUUAUUAUAGAUAGGAGUUUUUGGACGAAAUGGCCAGUAGCCUUGCAGUAGCGGACCCUAGUGUCGAACAUUCCGGCGACGAGAGUGAAGAUGACGAUGAUGUUGUGGAGCAGAGCCCAUGUGGACGCUGGGAAAAGCGCCGACAAGAGGUUAUGCAGCGCGAUGUCCCAGGAAUUGACCACGCCUAUCUUGCCAUGGAYACAGAAGAAGGCGUUGAAGUUGUCUGGAAUGAAGUUCAGUUUUCUGAAAGAAAGGAUUUCAAAAGUCAAGAGAAUGAAAUUGGUGUUGGUUGGAUGGUACAUGGCAGUGAUGAGGAAACUAUCAAGAAGGUUUUUGAAAAUUUGAUUCAACUUGAUCAUCCAAACAUUGUAAAGUUUCACAUGUUUUGGACUGAUGUCCAAACAGACAAAGCACGCGUGAUCUUUAUUACUGAAUACAUGACGUCAGGUUCWUUAAAGCAAUUCCUCAAGAGAACACGCAAGAGUGACAAGACAUUGAAUGUCAAGGUCUGGAAAAGAUGGUGUAGACAAAUCCUGUCAGCACUAAGUUAUCUUCAUGGRUGUGAUAUUCCUAUUGUACAUGGUAACCUGUCAUGUGACACGAUAUUUAUUCAACAUAAUGGAUUAAUCAAGAUUGGAUCAGUUGCUCCAGAUACCAUCCAUAAUCAUGUAAAGACUUGCCGAGAGGAAAAAAGAAACAUGCACUUCAUUGCGCCUGAAUAUGGAAUUCCUGGUCAUAUUGUAGACUGUGCUGUGGACGUUUAUGCCUUUGGAAUGUGUGCCUUAGAGAUGGCUGCACUAGAGCUUCAUUUUAUUGAGGGACCAGUAUCAAAGAAUGAGAUUGAGAAAGCCAUACAAGGGUUGGAUUCAUCAUUACAAAGGGAUUUCAUUAAGAGAUGUUUAGCUGAAGAUCCUACYAAAAGACCUAACGUACAAGACCUUUUGUUAGACCCUUGUUUGUUUGAGGUUCAUUCUCUCAAGCUUCUUGCUGGACAUUGCAUGGUAGAUCAUGAUGUUUCCAUGCCUGAUAAUGGAGAAAAAGCGGACCCAGAAAAAGUUAUUGCUGUAUAUAAAGCUGCUGAUGGCACUGAAAAAGUCAUAAAAAAUGAGAAAGGACCUGUUCAUAUAGAGUUAGAUAAGUUCCUAGAAGAAGUUAGAAAUGGUCUAUAUCCCUUAACUGGAAUUGAAAAAAAGAAAAAACUUACUCCCAGACAAAGACCAAAGUCACCUGAUCGUGUUCAAACAGUACAAAAAAGUAAACACGACACAGAAUCUUAUGAUGAAGAAAGUAGAAGGUUUACUGGUUUGACUUGUGAGGCUCGACCUCUUGAAUCUGGUGAUGGUAAAAUGCUUUCCCUACUUAUCAAAUUUGAAGAAAGAAUGAAUAGACAACUUUCAUGUGAAGUCAAACAAGGUGAAAAAGGUAGUGAUCUUGCUGAUGAAUUAGUAAAAUUCGGAUUUAUAAAUAAGAAAGACCACGAGGCCAUUGCAAUUGAGAUAACAAAGAAGCUUUAUCCUUCCUGAGAAAAUAUUGCAGCACCGAAUCACAGAGCAAUAAUAUUGUCRCUCAAAAUCGUAGCCAUCGCUUAUUUAUAGUUCGGGCUAGAACUUGAAAUUUCAUAUCAAAACCCAAUUUUUUUGAGCGAACAAAAUCCAAAUGUUCUAAAUAACACACUUGAAUAGCAAGUUGUGUGAUUUUUUAGCCCGCGUAGUCAGGUGUUUCUAGGUGUUUCUGUGGAGUUUAGUUCUCUGACCCAGACUUUCUCGGGACGGCUAGRAAUGUGUGGGUACUCAGGCUAUGGAAGUUUGUCAAGUUACAAGUUAUUUCUAAAUUAUGUGUACAUAKACAUAGUAAAAUUUAUAUAUAUAUUUUGUUA